AUGGAUGAUAGCCAUAUCUCUAUGAACGAGUCUCAAGGUAACAUCUCUAGCCCUGGGUAUCCAUUUGGCUACCUUGAUAACAUGGUAUACACAUGGACUAUACAAGGCAAAGCUGAUAGUUAUAUCCUAAUUAAUAUUCCAGAUUUCGAGGUAGGGGAUAAAUGUCAGUACGACUAUCUAAAAAUAUAUGAUGGACCCACAACAUUUUCGCCGUUGUUUGGGAGUUUCUGCUCAUCACUACAACCGGGAUUGAUGGCUUCCACGGGAAACUCCAUGUUCAUAAUGUUAAAAGCUAGUGGCAACUAUAAAUACAAAGGCUUCUAUGGAAACUAUGAGAUUAGAGCAUAUCUUUUGUGGAAACAGAGUCUUGUGACACAGACUAUAUCACUGUGUAUGACGGAGAUUCACAGACUGCUGGAAGUUCUAAAAACAUUUGUGGCAGGGGAGUAUCAGUCAUAA